CAAGACCGCACCUGAGCUAUGCCCUUUCCCAAAGCCUUUGGAGGCCGGGCCCAGCCAACCAACUCUACGAGCGACUCGAUCGAAGUCUCCAACCAACAAGACACCAUCGAAGCAGACAAAGAAGCCAACGUCCCCGACCAAGAUGCCCAACCUGGCAUUCAAAAGAUCGAAGCCGUAACCCUCGUCUGGACGAAAUGGUCUCUCGCAUUGCUCCUCAUCAAUAUAUGGAUUAUCUUUCUGACCAAUGGCCUCCGACUCUCCAUCCUCGCCUCCCUAACUCCCUACGUCACCUCCGCUUUCCAAUCCCACUCGCUCAUCACCGUCAUCGGAAUCGUGGCCAAUGCCAUGACAGCCGCUGUCUACAUUCCCAUGGCCAAACUGCUCGACGUGUGGGGGAGGGCAGAAGGGUUUCUGCUCGCGGUGGGAUGUGCGACGUUGGGAGUGGUGCUGAUGGCUGUGAGCGAUGGUUUGGCGACGUUUUGUACGGCCCGGGUUUUCUACUCCAUCGGCUUCGCAGGCAUCAUCUACACCGUCGCCGUGCUCGCCGCAGACGCAACCUCGCUCCGUAAUCGAGGACUCGCAUUCGCAUUUACAUCGUCGCCGUACAUGAUCACCGCGUUCGCGGGUCCGAAAGCCGCAGAGGGAUUCCUCGAGAACGUGAAUUGGAGGUGGGGAUUUGGAGCCUUUGCUAUCAUUGUGCCGGCGAUGACGCUGCCUCUGUUCGUGCUGUUGAAGGUUCAGCUGAGGAAAGCGGAGCGGGAAGGGAGGUUUGUGAGGGAGAAGAGCGGGAGGAGUGUUAUGCAGAGCCUGCGAUAUGGUCUCGUUGCUUUCGAUCUCCCCGGCGUGUUCCUCUUCGCUGCUGGCCUGACCCUCUUCCUCCUCCCGUUCACACUCGCCGCCUCCGCUCCCAGCGGCUGGCGCACACCCUACAUCAUCGCCAUGAUCAUCGUCGGCUUCAUCCUCCUAAUCCUCUUCGCUCUCUACGAGAAAUACUUGGCCUCUCAUCCCUUCAUCGCCAAGACCUUCCUCACCGACCGCACCGUCAUAGCCUGCUGCCUCAUCGACGCAACCUACCAAGUCUCCUACUACUGCUGGAACAGCUACUUCACCUCCUUCCUGCAAGUCGUCUCCAACUUGAGCGUCGCAGAAGCAGGCUACGUCAAUUCCACUUUCCAAGUCGUCUCCGGCGUCCUCCUCUUCAUCGUCGGCUACGCCAUCCGUCGCACUAAGCGAUUCAAAUGGGUAUUCUACAUCGCCGUCCCGCUGUACAUCUUCGGAUUGGGCUUGAUGAUCCACUUCCGCCAACCAAAUCAGUACAUCGGCUACAUCAUCAUGUGCGAGAUCUUCAUCUCCAUGGGCGGCAGCGUGUUCAUCCUGCUCGUCCAACUCGGCGUACUGGCUGCAGUGGACCAUCAACAUAUCGCGGCUGUCCUAGCAUCUCUCUACGUGUCCGGCACAGUCGGCGGCGCUAUCGGCAACACCAUCUCCGGAGCAAUAUGGACGAAUACGUUUCUUGGAGCGUUACAGCGGAAUUUGCCUGAGUUGGCAGUCGGGAAUGCGACGUUGAUCUAUGCGGAUCUAACGACCCAACUUUCGUAUCCGGUCGGCAGUGCGGAACGCAUUGCAAUCCAGGAGUCAUAUGGGUACGCGCAGACAAGGAUGUUGGCUGCUGGAGUCGGCGUCAUGGCUUUGUGCUUCGUUUGGGUGCUCAUGCUGAGGAAUCUGGAUCUGAGUAAGAAGGGUCAGACCAAGGGGAUGGUGUUUUAG